ACACAGAGACGAUCUUUGCAGCCACCAUCAACUGUCAGCUGCUGUUGAAGCCUCUUCCGAACCUUUUAGGUCGGGUCCGCCUGGUUCUGUUUUAUCUGCCGGACCCGAGGCUCAUUGGACCGGCUUCACACCCACCCCGGUCCCGGAUCUGGGCUCACUACCCGGAUGUGGGGUCCACGCGUGGCCACGGGAUGCGGACGACCCUGAAGAACGGCCAGCAUCAGCAUCAACAGUGAAGCAUCAUGGGAGGUGACAGAUGGACCAGUCGACUGUGGGGCCACCACUGACACACACACACAGAGACACACACAUACAUAGCAUGGAACAAGGCUUCAGCUUAAAUUCACUGAAGAAGCUGGCAGCAGAGCCAGACUACACCGAUGUAUCUCUGACGGCGGCGGAGCGUGUUCGAGCUCUGGCCAAAAUGGGAUGCUGCGUUGAGAUCAACGAGGACAUCGCUCCCAGACGCUACUUCCGCUCCGGCGUGGAGAUGGAGCGCAUGGCGGCAGUUUACCUGGAGGAGGGCAGCCUGGAGAAUGCAUAUGUCCUCUACACCAAACUCAUCACUCUGUUUGUGGAGAAGCUGCCAGGCCACAGAGACUACCAGCAGUGUUCAUCCAUCCCAGAGAAGCAGCUCAUCAUGAAGAAACUUCAAGAGGUGGCGUUUCCUCGAAAAGAGGAGCUGAAGAGACGUCUUCAGGAGAAAUACAGCAGGGAGCACACUGAGUAUCUCAGAAGCCAGAACCAGGAGGUGGUUGUGGAUGGGUGUGGCCAGCAGCUGCAACGACUCGCCCUAUUGGAUGAGGAGAGGAGGUACCUCUCCCACUUAGACAAAGAUAGGCGGCACCUCCUGGUAGAGGAGGAGAAGCAACGAGUGGCAGCGUUGCGACGCCUUCAGAUUGAGUCCGAGCAGUUUCGUUUCUUCGAGGACCAGCUGAGAUGCCAAGAGCUGGCCAAUCAAAAAGGAGAGGAGACAGAGCUAAAGAUGGAGACCAAAGUGUCUGAGGUCACAGAUGGUUCCUGCCUGUCUCAGCAGCCAAUCAGAGAUGGCGUACAAUCCCAGUGGGCAGACAGAAACAGAAACCGGCUUCCUGCUGCCAUCAGCCAAUCAGCUGCCUCUCUGGCUGGAGUACAUAGUCAGAGGGUUGAGGGUCUGAGGCGGAUGGUGAUUCCCAGAGAUCUGACUUACCGUUUUCUCCAACUGGCUGAAUCCAACACGACUCGAGGAAUCGAGACCUGCGGGGUCCUCUGUGGACGCCUGACGCACGAUGAGUUCCUGCUGACCCACGUUGUGAUCCCGAAACAAUCAGCCGGUCCAGAUUUCUGCGACAUGGAGAACGUUGAGGAGCUAUUCAGUUUCCAGGACCAACAGCAACUGCUGACUUUGGGCUGGAUCCACACUCAUCCCACGCAGACUGCUUUCCUGUCCAGCGUGGACCUCCACACUCACUGUUCAUAUCAGCUGAUGCUGCCGGAGGCCAUCGCCAUCGUGUGUGCUCCUAAACACAACGAGUUGGGCGUGUUCCGGCUGACAGGUCCUGGGGUGUCUGAGGUUUCAGGCUGCAGACACAAAGGUUUCCAUCCUCACUCCAAGGAGCCGCCUCUCUUCACCGUGUGUAAACACGUGGUGUUCAGAGCCAUGAAGCUCCACCUGCUGGACCUCAGGUGA